UGGACCUGGAAGGCAGAACUGGGAUGGUGGAGAAGAAGGUUCUGGAUUGUGAGAAGACGACAGGGGAGAUCAGCGGCCGGCUGGAGAGCAAGUGGGCCGCGUUGGGGACCCUCAUUCAGGAAUAUGGCCUGCUUCAACGACGCUUGGAAAACAUGGAGAACCUGUUGAAGAACCGUAACUUUUGGAUCCUGCGCUUCCCGCCAGGCUCCAAGGGCGAGAUGCCGAAAGUGCCGGUGACCUUCGACGACAUGUCUGUCUACUUCAACGAGAAGGAAUGGGAGAAACUGGAAGAAUGGCAGAAGGAACUCUAUAAGAAUUUGAUGAAGGGCAACCACCAGUCCUUGGUCUCUUUGGAUUAUGCUAUUUCCAAGCCAGGCGUCUUGUCCCAGACCGAGCGGGCGACCGACUCAUGUCACAGGCACGAUCAGGAUUCGGAACAACAGAGAAGCCUUCCCGAUGCCACAGCAGCCGGCAUCAGGGUGGUGAUCAAAACAGAAGAGCCUCAUUCCGACGAAUGUCCUGGAGACUUAGAGCCACACCAGAUGUCUGGGAGUUCAGAGGGAGAUUUCCAGGGCCUGGACCCUGAAGC